AUGACGGUAGAAGUUCUUAGUUGCGACGAAGAGGAUGAAGAGGAUAUGGUGCCUCUCAUUCGUCGGCAAAUAUCUCGAACUUCUACUCAAGCUCAAACUCAAGUUUCUCCCCGAGCUGAGUUACGCACCAAACAUCGUCAUGAAGGUUCUGGUGCACGCCCUCUGAAGAAACAGAAGAAAGCUGUUUCUAAACCGCGCGUUCAUCUUCCUGCUGUAGAAGAGACAUCCGGUCGUAGUGUUUCUUCUGAUGAACAAGGGAGUCGAGAGGAAGGAGAAUUGCCAGCUGAUGCUGCUUCUCCCGGAGGUAUGGAAAUUGAGGAAACAAGCUUCGUCCAACAAAUGCAUGAUGCUCUGAAGGAAGGAUCGGCUGAUGUUCCACCCCCUCCUGACGUUGAUCCAUCAGCUGCGGCCACAGUCAAAUUAAAAGAAGCAGGUACCAGUAGUGGAGCUCUCGAAUCCGCCCCGACCAAUGAAGAUGUCACAAUGCACGAAUCUGUUGGAGGAGAGACCACGCAUACAACAGAGGUCGAAGAAUUCAAUGAACAUCACCUCGAUUUCAAUCUCUCUGAAGGCGACCAUGAGUAUAUCUCCGACUUACUAUCGGGGAAAACUCCUGGUGCAGCCACGGAAUCCAGCAUUGGAGUCGGUCCAACAGAAGCAGGUCCUUCUGAAAGACCAGUUGCUGGAACUGAUACUACUAUAAUCAUUGGUACGUCUGAUCGACUGGAGGGUGGUGAACUUGUGCCGUGGACAAGAACCGAAGUUGAUUUUCAAUCAUCAGUUCUUGAACCUCAACCUUCUACUCCUAUGGACCCCAUGAUGAUAGAAGUCACUGUCACUCCCCAGAUUAGUCCAGUUGCAAUAAAAGCGAGACCAACUGAAGAAGUUGGUACGUCGGCCGAUGUUGUGACUAGAAUUGAAUCUCCUCUUAAAGAGUCUCUUAGUUUGGACCCGCCGUCCUCUGAGACUUUAGUUGAAAAAGUCCCUGAUGUAGCGGGUGCAUCAACAGCUACCAUUCCUGAAUCAACCUUGGUUGUUCCGGAAAUCAGGUUACCAUCCUCGGGUGAACUAAGUCAUGCUGAAGGUUCUUCCAUCGAACUUGUUCCUUCAUCAUCAUUAUCAGAUCGCAUCCGAGCUUUGUUAGCAGACGAGGAUCCGGAUAAAGCCGGCAUUUGCUCUGAUCUCGACGGCUUCAUCUCCUUUUUGAAUUCUAUGGUUGAUCGUAUUCUCUCCAAAGGAUCGCGAUUUGAGAGUUUUAAGAAACCUCUUGACCGCUAUAUAUCAGGGAUCCGAGAUGAAGGAUAUAAUGAUUUAGCCGAUUCGAUCAACGCCUACAUGGUUGACUUGAAGCAACAUGUUGACCUUCUGAGGGGUCUUCGCACUGAAAGCGUACCUUCCUACAUUGCUUCUCGCAUGGACUCCAAGCUACAAGCGUUGCGUGAUUCCCAAACAUCAGCUAAUCUCGAGCUCCAACAGCUAAGAGCCCACAGCGAUCAACUUAGGAUGAAUGUUGGCAAGAGAAUACAAGCCCAGGUUAACCUACGUCGGGAUUUAGAAUCGAGUCGAGCAGAAAUAGCUCGCUUAGAGGAGGAACUUGCAAUGGCCAAGGAUGCUCAUGAUGUCUUGGAGUCCGAGUUGAAGCGGGAAAUUCACACUGAAGGCAACUUAUUACAGCAACUGAACCUUCAAGACCAAAUGAUUGCUGAAAAGGAACAAGAGGUCGCCGCGCUUCACAACGUUGACGAAGAAGCCUUUAAAAUCAAAUUGGCAGCUGAGCUUGAACAGGCUCGUGCGUUAGAGCUGUCAAAACUUGAAAAUCAGAUUAGUCAGUAUAAACUUUUGUAAU